UCAUGACAGAAACCAUCGAAAAUCUACGUGACUUUAACUAUUACUAAUUGACAAAAGAUGUGAAUAAUAGUGUUGUAUUAGCUGAAUACAUUUGGAUUGAUGGAACUGGAGAAUCGUUAAGAUCAAAAACAAAAGUAAUUCACACGUGUAAAAAUAUUUUAGGUUUAUUAAACUUAAAUAAAAAGUCUUGAAGAUUUAGAGUGGUGGACAUAUGAUGGGUCAUCAACUGAUUAAGCAGUGACUAGAUUUUCUGAAAUUUAUUUAAAACCCGUUCGAGUAGUAAAGGAUCCCUUUAGAGGAGAUCCUCAUAUUCUUGUGUUGUGUGAAACAUACCUUCCUGAUAAAAAAACACCAGCAAGAUAUAACUUUAGGUAAUUUCAAACCUAAACUAUUUGCUUAGAUGGAUUGCAAAUUUAAUUAUGGAGAAAGCCAAAGAUCAUAAACCAUGGUUUGGAAUUGAAUAAGAAUAUUUCUUAUUAAAAAGAACAGGAACAACACAUUUAUGGCCAUUAGGAUGGCCAACAGGAGGCUUUCCUUAUCCACAAGGAAGAUAUUACUGCUCAAUUGGCGAAAGAAAUAAUUUUGGAAGAGCUUUAGCCGAGGCUCAUCUAAGAGCAUGUUUGAAUGCUGGAUUAAAAAUUGCUGGAUUGAACGCUGAAGUUGCACCAUCAUAAUGGGAAUUUUAAAUAGGAAUUGCUGAAGGUAUUGAAAUAGGAGAUCAUAUGUGGUUGGCAAGAUAUAUUUUGGAAAGAAUUGGAGAAGAAUUUGGAAUUGAUAUCAACUAUGAUCCAAAACCAAUAUUAGGAGAUUGGAAUGGCAGUGGAGCUCAUUGCAAUUAUUCUACUGUUACAACCAGAUCUGAAGGAGGAUAUAGAUAUAUUGUAGAUAAAUUAAUGCCUAUUCUAAAAGAGAAUCAUCUAGAAAUGAUUAAGUUAUAUGGAUAAAAGAAUGAGCUUAGACUAACAGGUAGACAUGAGACUGGAAAAUAUGACUAAUUCACUUGGGGAGAUGGAUCAAGAGGAUGUUCUGUAAGAGUACCAAUCAUCACAAAGGAAUAAGGAUAAGGGUAUUUAAAAUUUAUAUAUGUGUUAGAUAUUUUGAAGAUAGAAGACCAGCAGCUAAUAUUGAUCCAUAUUUGGUUUCUGCAGCUCUUGUUGAUGUAACGUGUUUAAACAGUGAACAUCUUAAAUAAUUGAAUUCCGUUUUUGAAGACUCCCUAAAACCUCUUGGAUAAUAAAUUUUUUAAUAGUAGAAGGAAUAAUUCUAGUAAUAAAACGAAUGAA